GGUAAUGGCGGUCCUGCGGUCGGGGAAUCGACGUACUCCGUCCCAAGCUCCAGACCACGACCGGCUACUUGGUGAUUUUCCCUCGCCAGGUCGGCGCAGAUUGACGCAAGAUUGCAGUGGAGUUCAUGUGACCACUACGGCAGCGAGAUGUGGAUUUCACGGCAUCCACAUACGUAAAAAGACUUCCUGAGGGGAUGGAGUACGUGAUGUGCUAUCGACAGCUUCUCGACCUGCUGCAACGAGUAUUCCUUGCUCCAAACGCGUGGCAGGAUGGCGGGCUGUGGAAGCAGAGUUAACGACGCGGGCACGCAGCGGUUGAGUCUGGAUCAGAUUUGCAGAGAUGUGACCCUAUGUCACCCCAUCCAUGUCAGCCUCAAUCCAUCAUUGCCAUCAUGUCCACGAACAAUGUUGCUAUAAAUGUCAGAGGGUAAGGGGAAGAUGUUUCUGUUUCCGUGGGCAGACAUGUCGCUCCUGCCCAGCUGCCUGUUGCGAAGGUGACGUUACUGCCCCCCAGCCCAGCAUGCAAACUCUGGCGGUUGUUCACUUGAUGGCCUGAUGAACACGCAUUCCUGGCUCAAACCUAUCAAGUCGGGUUCGUAUCCGGGAUCCUGUCUCAUCACUAACUAUCGCAUCAUGAUCCGCUUACCGCCCAGCAGCCUGUCCCUCUCCGAACGGGAUGUCGAUUUCCACGUCCGGCAAACAGAAAUCUAUCAAGGCUUAUUGAGGCAAGGCUUCAAAAAGGAGGACAUUAUUCGCUAUCUGAACGACUAUCGCAAGGCUGCGGCAGAUGCAGCCUAUCCCGGCCUGCAGGAAUUCAAUCUGUCAAUAUCGAGUACUGUCGAAUUGUCCUACCUGCGCCCCCAACCACUGCCGCAAGAAAGUGACCGAGAAGAACGGAAGAGACAAAAUCCUGUUUGUCACGGUUCCUCCGAGUCUAUCGAUGGAUCGAUCUCCAGCUUUCCAGAUCUUCAUGCAGAUAUUGAAGAGGCCCAAGACCACAUCCCAGACGUUCUCGUCCACGAAGAUGAGAAUUCCCGCACAGGUAGCCCAAUGUCGCCAAGGUCCGUGGUGUCGACCAUGCACAUCAUUCAACAUGCUCCUCGUAAGAGCUCGCUUCUCCGAUUCGCCGAGGCGGCAUCACCAGAGCAUCCUUCUACCGAACCAGACGAGGGAAGACCUGUUCCUGCGCCGUCGGUCACACCCAUACGUAGGAAGUACAAGCGGCGCAGUCAUACCUACCCAUAUCAAUCCUCUGAGCGAGACUCUGUUACAGAUACACUGACAUACGAGCACGUCCUGGACGGAAUGAAUCGGGUCUCUUUAGAUGAUUCGCUCGACAGUGCGCCCUUCGAACUGCCACCCGCGAUCCAGGCUUCGGCUCGCACAAAUUCGGCGGAAGACAUCACGUUCGCGAGUCCAGUGACAGGGUCACCCUUGGGGGAUGGCUCUGUGGAUGUCUCCAGCACCGCCAUCGCUUCGCGGACCACAGAAUGCCGUCAAAGCAGCGACUCCCUCGGCCAGAUGUAUACCAUAACAGAUAUGCCAAGCUCUCCCCCUCUUCCCCAGACGCCAGCAGCGGACUACUUCGGGGAGCAACCAGCUUCUCCAGUCUCCACUCGCUUGCCAAGUACACCGACACCAAUCCGCAAUGCUGCUGACCUCCCGCGCACUGAGCCGCGGCCUUACAGACAUCAAUAUCUCGACGGGAACUCCUACACCGUGUACAAUGAUUCGCUCCCUGCAGAUUCUCAACCACAAACUCCCGCCGAGACGUCAAGGCAUCCGUUGAUCACUGAGCAAGAUGCCGCGUAUACUGCACCACCGGGAAUGCUCCAUAUCGGAUCGGCUUCUGUUGGAUACCAUGGUCGACAAGGUUGGGAUCAGGGGGCCUCACAGCAGAGUCCAACCGCGCGAGCCAUCAAUCUGCGUGAACGGCGGAAUAGGGAGUUGACGAGAAGUGUGCAGGCUGAAGGCGUUCGGUUGCACAGAUUGAGGAUGAGGGACGAAAGUCGUUUUACGCAGCACGCUCUCGAGGCUGACGUCGCCGCCACCGGCAGAAACCGCACAGAAGCUUUCUCUCCGACUUCAGAUGACCUGUGGAGGGACGAGCUCGAGGCCGACCGUGUGGGCGAUGAGAACUUUGAAACAGGCCACGACAGGAGUCAUCGAACGAUUAUGCGAGCGGUGAGUGGAAAUGCGAGGUUUGACCUCGGGGGAUGGCAUGGAUGAGGAAGCUUGACCAUGGCGAGACUGCUAAGAGCUGGAUGAUGGGACGAGAUCAAGAGGUGUGGCUCUGAAAAUGAUACUGUCUGCGGUUCAGACUGCAAAGGAGUAAACCAUAGGUAUUGAUAGAUGAAGAAGUGCUCCGGGUGUACUGUACUCUUCCGAGGACAUAGCUUACUGACUCCACCGCGAUAAAGCAGCAAUUCACGAG